CACUCCUGAACGCUGCCGCGAGUACGUCGGACGUCCGAACGAACCCGACGUUUCGGUUCGGACAUCGCGGAUUGUUUGGGUUGCGCGUAUUUUGCGACGUUUCGGUGCCGAUCGUGCGACUUCAGAAACUACGACGCAUCUACAGAUAAACGACAUGCGGACGGCAGGAUCGCCGGACUCGAAACCGUUCAACUCGAUCGUCGUUUCCGGCCGACACUAAUUAAUAAAUAAAUAAACAAAUUUCGUUUUAAAAUGAAACCAUUAAAAACGUACUGAAUUGCGAGCGGCCGACGACGUCACAGUUAUCAUUUAUUUGGGACGGGUAAACAUUAUCCGAGUAAAAAUUCAACAAAAUUAUGUAAACACGAACGUUUAAAUCAAACAAAAUGUCAGAAUUUGGCGAAUUUAUCCGGAAAGCGAAUUUAAGGCCUUUUCAACUUAUGCUAAUAUAAAAUAUAUGCCUAAAUAUGUUACGUCAGGUCUCCCGGCAGGCAGGGUCGGACUCGCACGAAUUCAGUCUCGGCCCUUUGGAAGCCACGUUGAGUUUUUUGUGGUUUUUCGUGCCCCUGAUGUCGACCGUAUCGUUGACUAGUGUUACCGUGUCCAUCAGCACCAAUCACUGGCUCCACACUACCGAAAAAAUGACCAAUCCCGCAUACAAUGGUACGGGAGACUCCGACAAGGAGUAUCUGCUGAAGAUGACCAUCUCCGGCUUGUGGAUCUACUGCUUCACUAACCCCGGGGAGACCAUGUACCAGUGCAACAAGAUCGACUACUUCUCCAAGGAGCAAUAUAGUCCGGAUCCCAGCGACUCGACUUUGGCCAUACCAUAUACGGUGACCAAAUCCGCAGCGUUCCUAUUGGCCGGUGGUUUCGUCCUGUUACCGGCGUAUCUAUUCGCCAUUUUGGGACAGUGCAUCCGAAAUAGACGAACGUACACUUUCCUAUCGGGAAUUCUGUUCAUCCUCACUGGGUUGUUCAUGCUACUGGGACUGGUCAUGUACAUUUCCGUAUUCAAGGCCGAGACGGGUAGUAAGCUCCGGCCCCAGUCCCAAAUAAGACCACCCCUAUACGAGUACCACUAUGGGUACUCUUUCCUCAUGUACUUGAUCGGCCUGAUAGCGACCCAAAUAUCGGGCGUCGGCUGUGUUUUUUUAUUUAUAUACAGGUUACAAUACGAGUGGAAAAGGAAGCAACUAGAAGAGGUCAAGAGAGGCAAAAGACUGCCGUCAGUGCUCAACAUCAACCAAUUGGACCGCACAGUCUAUUAUCCUUGCAGAAGGCACCCUUACGCUUACGUAAAUUCAAAUAGCGUUAUACACUAUCCGCCUACGAGUCCCGCGCAAAAGCGGUAUUACUUUAGCAAAGAACCGACACAGGAAUCGCCGUGCUCUGUGCAUCGAAUGCGGUCUCAAUCAAACUCGCUCAAGGAUGUUUCGACUUUCUACGAUUUUCCACCUCCACCCACAAUAUCCUACCAGUUCGAUGAGCAUUUCGGAACCCGCGAACAUACCCUUCCCCGUGACGUCACCCUCAACACGGUUAACACGGUGUCCACUACUGCUGACGUCAAUUGCGACGAGCUCAACGAGCCUUACUUUGACGACUACUCGCCCAGCAUACAACACGAAUUCGUUACGUUCGAUCUGGACCAGCCUUUACCCAUCAGGGCUCAAAGUGUAGUUAGUAUAAGUUCGCGGAACGGAACCAGAAAAAAUUACGAGAGUGAUUCGUUGCGGAGGACUACCCCGGUCUAGAUGGUUUUUAGGUUAGGUUGAGUCGGAGACGAUGUUCAAAGAAUAGUGACGCGGUUAUCUAAAAUACUAAGACGUUUUUGGAUACCUAUCGCACGGUUGAUUCUCCGACGUAUCAAGAAGUCCGCGACAUGAGUACUUUUUUAUAUUAUCUACACCACCAAAUCCGUAAAUGUAUAAUAAAAGUAUAAGCGUUAAGGGAUCCUGUCACCAUGUGCCACAAAUAGAUUACUCAUUGUAAAUUACCAGUUUUCAAAAUACUUGCGAUUUUUGCUGUGCAAGAAUGACACCAACAUAUCCAACAAAUAAUAUAACGGAUUAGGGGAAUUUUCAACAGGUGGCGUCACCUACCGGCAAGUGACUAAACACUCGGUUUACAUUCUCCAAACCCAGAGAACCCACUCAAAUUGUAGCACGCCAGCUGUUGCUAUAUUGGCCUUACCAUAAAAUUUAUGCAAUCUGUUUUCAUGAGAAGAAACAGUUGCGCCUGUUUCGGUUUUUGUUUCGUAACCCACGGUAGUCGAGUAUUCGUUGUUUAAACCUUAUAAUAUGCUAUGGUCCUUUAAUUGUUGAU